AUGGAGACGACUCUUCCCCUGCCGUUCCUUAUCAGCGUGGCCACGCCCGCGGGGCAGGCCAGCGGCACCGUCGAGGGUCUCACUUACGAGCAGGUUGCCAUUACCGGCGUCCCCUUCAUCGAUGCCGCUCCCCAGCUCAAGGACAGUGGCCUGUCCCGAUUCCUCGGCCGCCCGAACCACGAAUACCUCGCCCACAUGGAUGUUACCGCUAUCGACUCGCCUGACGCCGUCACUGCCAUCCUAAACGAGGGCACAUGGAGGGUCUUUGUGCGCCCCGAAGACAUGCCGGACUACGCCGAGUUCGGAUCGAGGGUCCUUCCCGUCGUGUCGAAGCUGGAUUUGUCGCAGGUCUCUGAGUACGGUAUCUUGGUUCGUGACGUCGACCCCUCGGCUGCCGAGGUGGACGCCUUCGUCGCUGCUGCUCGGAAGAUCGCUGAGAACAGGACCGUCUAUCUCAAGCCUGCCGCCGCUGCGCCUCUCGGCAAGUUCCUUGAAGUUGCCAGCAAGUCUGGUGCUAUCCCCAUCCUGCCCUCGACAGGCCUAACCACGGAUAAGGAGGACAAGGAGGGCCGCCUGCUGCUGUCCAAAGUGAUUGCUUCUAGUUGGCAGUCGGACCGUCCCGACGGUCUGCUGCCCACCGUUGUCACCGACGAGGCCGGCGUCUCCCUGGGACUAGCCUACACGAGCGAAGAGAGUAUUCUAGAGGCCCUGAAGACGCGUGUCGGCGUCUAUCAGAGCCGCAAGAGGGGCCUGUGGAUCAAGGGCGCCACAUCGGGAGACACGCAGGAGCUGCUGCGUAUCGCCCUCGACUGCGACAACGACACCCUCAAAUUCGUCGUCAGGCAGAAGAACCGCUUCUGCCACCUCAAGCAAUUCGGCUGCUUCGGCGACCUCAAGGGUAUCGCCGCCCUCGAGCAGACGCUCAAGUCGCGCAAGGCGUCGGCCCCGCAGGGCUCGUACACGGCCCGCCUCUUCUCGGACGAGAAGCUUCUUCGGGCCAAGAUCAUGGAGGAGGCCGAGGAGCUCUGCGAUGCCAAGACGCAGGAGAAUAUCGCUUUCGAGGCCGCAGACGUCAUCUACUUUGCCCUGACCAAGGCCGUUGGCGCUGGCGUCAACCUCGCCGACAUUGAGGCCAACCUCGACGCCAAGAGCCUCAAGGUCAAGAGGAGAACCGGCAACGCCAAGGGUAAGUGGGCCGAGAAGGAGGGUAUCAAGACGGAUGCCACCCCCGCUCCUUCUGCGGCUCCUGUCUCCGCUGCCGUUGACGAGCAAAGGGUUGCUAUGCUGCAGAUCGAUGCCACCAAGGCCACCGAGGCUGAGCUGCGCGAGACGCUCAAGCGCCCUUCGCAGAAGUCGCCCGACACCAUCCUCAAGAUCGUCACGCCCAUCAUCGACAGGGUCCGUGAGGGCGGCGACAAGGCUGUACUGUCGUACACGCACCAGUUCGAGAAGGCGACAUCCCUGACGUCUCCGGUCCUCAAGGCACCGUUCCCCAAAGAGCUGAUGCAGCUGUCUCCCGAGACGAUCGAGGCCAUCGACAUCUCGUACGAGAACAUCCGCAAGUUCCACGCGGCGCAGAAGGAGGAGAAGUCCCUUGAGGUGGAGACGAUGCCGGGCGUGGUGUGCAGCCGAUUCUCUCGCCCCAUCGAGCGCGUGGGUCUGUACGUGCCUGGAGGCACGGCCGUCCUCCCGAGCACGGCUCUGAUGCUGGGUGUCCCCGCCAUGGUGGCCGGGUGCCAGAAGAUUGUGCUCGCGUCGCCGCCCCGGCCGGACGGGAGCAUCACGCCCGAGAUCGUGUACGUGGCGCACAAGGUCGGGGCCGAGAGCAUCGUGCUCGCGGGCGGCGCGCAGGCUGUGGCGGCCAUGGCUUACGGCACCGAGAGCAUCAGCAAGGUAGACAAGAUCCUCGGGCCGGGAAACCAGUUCGUGACGGCGGCCAAGAUGCACGUCAGCAACGACACCAACGCGGGUGUGAGCAUCGAUAUGCCGGCAGGACCCUCGGAGGUGCUCGUCAUCGCCGACGCCGACGCCAACCCCGUCUUCGUCGCGUCGGACCUCCUCUCGCAGGCCGAGCACGGUGUCGACAGCCAAUCGGUCCUCAUCGCCGUCGGGCUCGACGACGCGCACAUGGCUGCCAUAGACGACGAGGUGCACCGCCAGGCCGUGGCCCUCCCCCGCGUCGACCUGGUGCGCAAGUCCAUCGCCCACUCCGUCACCGUCCGCGUCGCCGACAUCGACGAAGCCAUGCGCAUCAGCAACGACUACGCCCCAGAGCAUCUCAUCCUACAGGUCAACAACGCACCGGCCGUCGUGGACAAGGUCAUGAAUGCCGGUAGCGUCUUUGUCGGCCAGUGGACCCCCGAGAGUGUGGGUGAUUACUCGGCUGGCGUGAAUCACUCUCUCCCCACCUACGGUUUCGCGAAGCAAUACUCUGGCGUCAACCUGGGAUCCUUCAUGAAACACAUUACCAGCUCCAACCUCACGGCCGAGGGACUGCGCAACGUCGGCAAGGCCGUCAUGCAGCUCGCCAAGGUGGAGGAGCUCGAAGCUCACAGGCGUGCAGUAGAGUUGAGAUUGAAGCACAUGGGAGCACUGUAA